GUCCAUGAAACAGGUGUGGCCUUACGUGAGGAAUUGCACAUGCGCACACAUUCACUGUAGCUAGGCCGGCCACAGCUAGGUACUCCGACCAUCAUGAAGACCAGCACUCACUGGCUCUGUUUAUUCUUUUUCUGGUUUGAACUUGCAAGUGCAUCCUUCUUAGAAAAACCAAGGAUUAACUUUUCUGGUCGAUUUAGAGCAGAUGUGUCCACACUGAACAAUGGACCAACAAACUAUGAGAAAGUCAUGGAAGGAGAAGAAAUUGUGGUGAAAAAAUUUAACCCAGGAGGAACAAAUACUUUCACAAUGAUAGACUGCAGAGUCACUUCUGUAGUACUAGAAAAUGGCUUGGCUAUUGAAGACGAAAUCAUUGGUGAAUUAAUUGUGAUUAAUCCCGAGUCCUCUCUUCCAAAAUUAAUUACCCUUGAUCCAGAUCAACAAGAUACUUCCAGUAUUUACGGGAUGAAGUUGGGUGUGAAUUGGAGUAUGCUAAGCAAUAAUGCUUUUAUUGGAGAUUUUGUUCUUGCCAUGCUCGAACGUGAUUCCUGGUUUCGUCAAGCCAACUCCACAGAUCCAGAUAAGUACUGUGUUGACAAAAAAAUCCAAUGCUUAGCAGCCCACAGUGUUUCAAAACUUGUCAAUGUUCAAUGGUCGAAACAGUUGACUUCCAAUGCUCUCAGAUCUUUGAAAGAACACACACACAAGGACAAGGAAGAUGGAUACACUCUUUCAAUUAUGUUAACGCUGUAUAACUACAAUAGGAUGCCAGAAGAGCCUUGGUUUCUAUAUGGCAGCAUAGUUGGCAGUAUCGGCAUUUCGUCAGCUGGUGAGUCAUUAUCAUUUCCCGAGAACAGAGUUAUGAAGGCCAUUAAUAAUAUCCCUGUACCUGUUCCAUCUUGGAGCCCGCUGUGUGCACUCAUUAGUAAUUUCACUACUACCACCUACUUUGAUGUGUUUGGGUCAACCUUGGCAAUUGAUUUUAGCAACUCCAUACCGAUCGAUACCAACGGAGAACUUUGUCACCUCUACCGACUAUUUGUAUGUAUUCUUGUGGAUGAUCAAGUUACUGUUGAACUUGUUGGUGAGCUUCCUUACAUGGAAAAAGAUUGGUACAAAAUGACAUCGGGCAUUCAAGAUUUUGAACUUACUGAUCAGCAAUUGAAAUUUGUUCAAAAACGGAAAGUUAUUGCAGUGUUUUUCAAGGCAAAGCCUGUUGAAAAUACUUUGAAGCAAGGUGAUCGAUACCCAGUCUGUGACAAUAACACUUUGUCCACUUCAAACUGUGUUUAUAUUAUUCUCAGCGAGGAUCCGUACUUAGUAGCCCCAAUGGACCAUACGAAUUACAGGCUCGAAAAAGGAGACUCUGCUGAAGCUAGACUAAAAGUGAGACACUACGGCGUUCAGCCGAGUGAGAAGCUCUCCCUAUCCCUCUGUGACGUUAGCCCCAAUGGCGAUGCUACAAACUCGGACCUUAAAUAUACCCGCACACAGACAACCGGUAAAGAUGGUAUUGCCAUAUUUUAUUUCGUAGCAGGUGAUGUUGGAACUCCAAGAAAAUAUAUUGACGGCCAGGUCUUUAUAUUCAACUACUGUGUUUGUGAGCAAUGUGAGAAGAUGAAUUGUCAGCAGUGUUCAGUAAAUGUAGGAAACACAUUGUCAUUCCUUGUGUGGAGUCAUAUGAAAUACAAGAGACCGUAUUUCUGGGACACGCAUGUAAAGCCAAUCUUUUUUCAGUACCAGAAAUUGUACCCAGUAAUGAAUAGUAUUCUGAAACUCGGCGAUUAUGAAGCUGUAACAAAACCACGAAAUAUCGAUAUGAUUCUUUUCACAAUGUCUAUGGAUAUCAACCACCCAAGCUACAUGCCAGCGUCUAGAGAUCUCUCACCUACAAAAAAAGAAAUGAUCAUAGAAUGGUUGAGAACUGAAGACCACCCUCUAAAUUGGGAUACUCUGAUUGAGAAGGAAUAUGAAAUACCAAGUUUCUGCAAUAGAUCCUAUUUAUUUUAUCGCGAGAAGCUGAGAAAGGAACUGGUGACAGAGAAAUCACUCUCUUGGAUCAAGAAUUUCCCUAAAAAUGAGUAUGUAGCCAUACUUUUGGAUGGUUUAGGAGAAGAUUCACUGCCAACGCUUGCAGAAUCAGAGAUAGCGCAAUCCUUUUCUAAAGUUUCCACGGUCAUAGAACAAUCACAUACCCAAACUCUCAAAGAAUGGAAAAAUGAUUUGUUCAUUAGACGUACUAUUGAUGUGUUAAAAAAUCGAGAUCACUUAACAGAUUCGUAUAUUGAAGCUCUGCUUUCUAUGGUUCUAAAACUAUCUAAUGACGAUAGCAAUUCUCUUCCUAGUUGGUACACAAGCUCCCACUGCUCAAAAAGACAGCUAAAAGAAAAUUUACAAAUAGCUCUACAAUUAGAAUUUUCCACCAUUCCUCCAUACUUAACUGCUCUCUACUCUAUCAAGGACGGGUACAAUCAAGAGGCAUACGAAAUCAUACGCUCAGUUGUAAUGCAAGAAAUGCUUCACAUGGCACAAGCGGCCAAUCUGCUCAUUGCUAUCGGUGGACGGCCAAUAAUAGACAGUGCACAGGUUGCCCCAUCUUACCCCGGGAAGAUACCGGGAGGAGUGUUACCUGGUCUCAAUGUAACACUACAGAAAGCAUCUCCCAAGUAUAUUGCUGACGUGUUCAUGAUGAUAGAAUUCCCAAAUGAAUUGGUUUACGAAGACUCUUUUUCUAACAAAGAGAAAGAAAUUAAGUCUCAUGUGCUUACAAUUGGAAAGUUUUAUAAGAACAUUCAACAGUGUAUGAUUGAACUGUAUGAAAAAGAAGGAGAAAAUUUCUUUGACAAAGAAGCCAAGCAAAUGACCUGGCCUUGGACAGCGCAUGAAGAUGGUAUUAAGCUCGUAACUGUGAGCAGUAUUGAAGAAGCCAUUGACGCCAUUAACGUGAUAAUUGAGGAGGGAGAGGGAACUGAACAAAAAGACCCUACUUAUUUAAAGAGUUCCGAUCUUGCUCAUUUCUUUAAAUUUGAAAUGCUUGCAUGCAAGCAUCACCUACGAAUCUUGCAUGAUCACGAGCAGUACUUUUACGAUCUCCGAGGUGCUGAGAUUGAGUUUACACCUGAAGGCAUAUGGCCGAUGCAAGACAACCCGUCAUCAAAGAAUAUCCCAAAAAAUUCUCAUUUAUACCAUGAAGCAAAAAUAUUUCACGACGUGUAUCGAUCUCUAUUAAGGUCACUUCAAGCAGCCUUCAAUGGACAACCAGAUGCUAUUAAAGAAUCCGUUCCUCUUAUGUCAAGCAUGCAAAUCCAAGCUAAGAAGCUGAUGGCCAUGGAAAUGCCUUCUUCCCUACCUGGGCAGCCUAAGCAAACUUGUGGACCUAUUUUUGACUAUGAUUGGCAGAUAUAAAACUAGCAUCGAUUCCAAGCCGCCCUCGAAACUCAGAUAUAUUCCAGUUAAGACGAUGUCAUAAUACGUGUGAUUGUAGUAUCAAGAAAAUUACAUAUCACAUUAUACUGUAUACAGGCAGAUCGACAUGACAUUUAUUUAAAAUCUAUGCUAUUCGAUUUGAUAUAAUGAUGGUAAAUGUCAUGGAGUUUAAUGAUUGUUACACAGUA